AUGAAACUCAGCUCCGUCUUCUUCCUCGGCCUCUCUGCGGCUGCUGUGGCCGACCAGCAGAUUCUUGCCAUUCCCGACGACGUGCAGGUUUCUCAACACCACGACUCUGCGCUGCUCAAGCUCCAUCGACAACUCAUUGAGAUCCCCAGUAUCUCCUUGAACGAGUCCCAUGUCUCGGCGUUUCUGGCCGAGCAUCUGAGGAGCCUCAAUUACAGCGUGGAACUGCUGGGUGAAAAAGAGCGACCCAAUAUCUACGCAUACAAGGGCGACAAAGACACUAGCAAGGUGCUGCUGACCUCCCAUAUUGAUACCGUGCCCCCUUACAUCCCCUACAGUGUCAAGGGCAACCGAAUCUACGGCAGAGGUGCAGUUGAUGCCAAAUCCUGCGUUGCUUCUCAGAUUACCGCCGUGGAAGAACUCCUUGAAAGUGGAGACAUCAACCCCGAAGACGUGGCUUUGCUGUACGUUGUGGGAGAAGAGAUUAGUGGAAACGGAGGUAUGCGAAUUGUCAAUGACCUGCUGAAGAAGCAAUGGAACGCGGCCAUUUUCGGCGAGCCCACAGAGCUCAAACUGGGCGUGGGACAUAAGGGGUUUGGUACUAUUCGAAUCACUGUCAAGGGUAAGGCUUCCCACAGUGGUUACCCCGAGCUUGGAAUAUCGGCCAAUGAGAUUCUGGUUGAUGCUCUGUACGAACUGAGCCACUCUACGCUGCCCAAAUCGCCUCUUUUGGGGCCCUCCACCCUGAACAUUGGACAAAUGCAUGGAGGUAUUGCUGCCAACAUUGUGCCUGCAGAUGCCAGUGCCGUGGUGACUAUUCGAAUUGCGGCUGAUGAGGACGACGUUCGAAAAGUCGUCACUUCUGUGCUUGAAAAGUACGAGCACCUCACUUUCACGUUCGAUUCGCGACCUCCCCAGCUGUUGGACUACAAGGUCGACGGCUUUGAAACCAUCGUCCUGGCUUACUCUACAGACGUUCCCUACCUCACAGGAGACUUCAAGAAGUACCUCUAUGGCCCCGGAUCCAUCCACGUGGCCCAUGCUCCUGACGAGUUUGUCUCCAUUGAAGAUUUGAAGGCCAGUGUCGAGGGCUACAAGAAGCUGAUCCACUUGGCUCUUUGA